UGGAGAAAAUUAUUAUUAAAAUGAAUUAUAAAUUUUUGGCAAUAUUUUUCUCAUUCUAUAUCCCAAUUAAAACCACUGAUUGGACAAAUGGGCCUAAUGUUUGCGUCGAACAUAUCACGAUAAUGGAAAGGGUGCAAGAAAAUUUUUCGAAUUACCAUCUAAUCAGAGCUAAAAGAACUAGCAUAUCAGCAAUUAGUGAGCUAACCUAUUGUCAAGAUUAUUACGAUGUACAUAUAUGCGAACAUAGUAUAUACAGAGAACCUCGUUUGCUGGAGAAAUUUGCUGUAACACAUUUUUGUUGUUACGGGUAUACCACUGCAAAAAACCUUUCACAACCACAUUGUAAUCAAAGUUUGGAACUGAAGAACAUGACCCAAACUCUCAAAGGCACUAAUUACAUUCGCAACAAUUCUUCAAUAGUAAAUACUUCCCAUCUGUUAGAAAUUCUAAAUGAUCAUGGGAAUAUCACACUUUUCCUUCCGAUUAGCAAUUCUUCGGGUUUAGGUCUUGAGCGGAAUAUUAUUCCCGAAUAUUUGCAUAGGGGUCUCAUAUUAAACGACAUGCGAAGAGUCACGAUGGGUAACGAAUCACAUGACUUACAUUUCACGAUUCACAAACCUAGAAUGAGUACCCGAUGGGCAGUUAACUGUGUACCCGUGAUAAAGGAUUAUUUUACUACUCAAGGAAUGAUUUACAAAUUAAAGGAUCAUCUUCCUCGCACGAAACAAACUGUGUACGAUUUCCUGAAGCAACAAGAACUCAACUCGACUAUGGCAAAAUAUUUGAUAGCCUCAGGAUUAGCCAAUUUGACUCUUGUUCCCGGGAAAUAUCAUACUAUCAUCUUACCAUCAAAUUCAGCUAUAAAUCAAUUAUCUCCACAACUCAUCCAGGAAUUAGAAUCUAAUGUAGAAUGUGCUAAAGAAACGCUUAAAAUGCACGUGAUCGCAAAAUGGAUUUGUCCUAAUCUCUAUAAAAAACCUCACGCGAUUGAAACUUUAGAAAGUUCUACGGUAAAUAUCGGCUCUAACAUGAUAAAUAAUGGAUCCAUCAUUGACACUCGCGUUUUAUUCAACGGAGUUGUAAUAUUCGUGGACCUUGUCUUGAUAUCGAAUAAAUCCCUCUCAUUGGUUAAAAUCUUGCGGGGAGAACCGGAAGCCAAUGAAUUCUUGAAUUACUUUAAUAGAUCUAACUUCACUCUUCUGAACGAAAUUCGCGAUAAAUUAGUUCUCAUACCAGACAAUGCGGCUUUCUUAGUAAUAAACAGGCUGAUUAAUUGA